AUGGAGUACAGAAGCAACAAGCAAAAGUUUAACCCCAACAGGAGCAAGUGCAAAAAGUGCAACAGUCAACUCCACUUUGACGGAAAAUACUGCUCUACAUGCGCCUACAAAUUGGGCAAAUGCCACUUGUGCGGAAAAACCAUAUCGGACAACUCGUCCCACAAUAUGUCCAUCAUCUAA